AUGGCCGAAGUUCAAGCUUUGCCGAUAACCCGGCCCGUUGUGCCCGCCCAGGACGGACCCAAUGCGGCAAGGAAGAAGUUUGCGACUCCUCCAGUCAAGAUUGCCUGUCUUGCAUGUCGAGCCUCGCGGACGCGCUGUACGGGUGAGACCCCGUGUGCAAGUUGCAAAAGUAGGGACCGUCCAUGCCAGUACAAGCCAAGUCGGCGAGGCGGUCCUCGCGUGCGCAAGAAGCAGCGCCCAUCAGAGGAUGAUGUAGCUCCUUCUGUCGAGUCUAAACCGCCCGACGUGGACAUGCCGUCCAACCUUCUGGUCGAGAAUUAUAUCAACCCAGGAGCUGGGUUGAAAAAUCUCAAUGAAGUAAUCAACGACAGUGAUACGCUGUUCGACACGCUGUUUAGCAACACGACCAAUUUCACGGGAACCACAACACCGCCCAUCAGCGAGGCUGGUCCCAUGGCAAGAUCGUAUACAAGUGAUUUCGCAAUAUUAAAUGCGUACUAUAUUUGGGUACAUCCCUAUUUCCCCAUUCUGCCCCCGCCGGCAUCCCCCGUCUUGCCUGAUGAGUCGGGCCUCCUCUUCGAAAGCAAGCCCAUGGAUAUCAACGAGUCGCUCUCGCCAGCUGCGCUCGCUAUUUCAGCCAUCUUGGCACUCGUUCCAUGCGCCCAAGACCCGAACCCUCUUGCGGAGGAAUCCAUCCUAUUUCGGCGCAAAUAUGCACAGUUUCUGGCACAAUCUGCUUUUGAAACUAUCGAGACCGAGAGCGACCAUCCACAGUCUUCAGUGGAGCCCUCGCGGGCUUUAGAAGACUCGGACGAUGAAUAUAUCAACCGGCAGCCAUUUCAUCCAAAUCUACCCCUCGAACUUGAAAGUGUGGUUGCAUAUGACAUUCUGAGUGUCUAUGAAUAUUCACAGCGUGGCAAUCUAAAGAGAAUGAGGUCCCGGGCCAAUGCCGCUCUCAUGUCAGCCAUGGGCAUGUCACUUCAUACGAACAACGAGGAAGAUCCUUUUUCUGAAGCAAGAAGGCGCGUCUGGUGGAUGACAUAUGUUUGCAUAUGUCAGGCCUCGAUUGUCUCAAAUUCGAAACCUUCGUUUGAUGUAUUUACGCCGUCAUUCACGACCAAGAUGCCGACUAUUGCUACAGACGCGGAGGCUUGGCCAUUAUUUGUGAAAUCACAGCAGGCCAUUCUUACAGCAACCCAAUUUGUCAUUGAUCUGAAUGAAGCUCUAAGGCGACAUGCAGAUAUGAGCAACAUAUAUCAGAAAAUGGUUGAGCUUGAGCUACUACUAGAACCGCUCGUGACAGCGUCGGAGAUCUCAGUGUCUAGCUGCCCCCCGAGCCAGAUGGUAGAUCAGUUCGAACUAUCUGUUGCACAAGCCUUACGAUGCAUGACAAGAAUCAAAUUGAACAGCGCACGAAUCAAAGUCCACCGAUAUUGCGCAUUCUUUGAUCUUCCAGUCUUUCCGAGAAAGAACUGUGACCUGAGGCCAGUUCAAGAGAAGGGCAAUAAUGACGGUCAAGAGUUGCGACACUGGCCAUCUUGUUGCAGUACGCUCAUCAGUGGAACCUCUGGUCACUCCAACAGUUCUGCCACAGCCUCUUCACCCGCCCAUUCGAUGCGGUCAUCACCUUCCGAUGGCGGACAGUCCCACCAGUCUAUCAUGACCCCGAUAUUUCCUUUCAGCAGUCACCAAUCCGCCAAAAUAUGUCUCAAGUCGGCCCUGAGCAUUGCUCAGGCAUUUGACCUGAUGCCGUACCCGAACCCAAUCAAUCAAGUUUCAGAUGGCCCUUCCUACAUUGGUCCAUUUUCAAAUGUCAUAUCACCACGAACGAUGCCGUCAUUUGCCUGCUGUGCCAUGCAGUGCGCAUAUGUGCUACUCAUGGUACAUGCCAAGACGCAAACCAUGUACUCGACUUGGAGUACGGACGCUGGCUCACUGGCCAACGAUCUUCUCUCUCGGCUUCAGCAAGGGAUCCUGUCUAUCUUGGGUACACUGGAGAAUUACGGCACGGCAUUCGAGGCGUUGAGCGGCAUGAGAGAUCAAAUACGUGACAAGGUGUAUUCCUCAAUCACAUUUGACACAUAA